CAAUAAUUGGUCAUUUCCAUUGAGACACAAAAGUUAAUGAACGCAGAAUUGAAAGGGAUUGUAAAAUAGGAGAAAAAAAACAAUAAAAAUACUGUCAAAUACAGUGAAACCUUGAAUACAUAUAUAUAUGUCAGAUGAUGGAAUUUGAAUAACCUCAAGAAGUGACGCGCAUAUAUAAGUGAUAGUGAAGUCAAAAAAAAAAAAAGAAAAAAUCAUUUGUCAUUUCCAAAAAUUUUGGUGAAUUUUCACCAAAACAAUACAAAUCUUCAAGAUGAAGAAAAAGGUACUUUUAAUGGGGAAAAGCGGCUCGGGGAAGACGAGUAUGAGGAGUAUUAUCUUCGCAAAUUAUAUUGCAAGAGAUACUCGUCGUCUUGGUGCCACAAUUGAUGUUGAGCACAGUCAUGUGCGAUUUCUCGGGAAUUUGGUAUUAAAUCUUUGGGAUUGCGGUGGUCAGGAAGCAUUUAUGGAGAAUUACUUUGCCUCACAGCGAGACAAUAUUUUUAGGAAUGUUGAAGUUUUAAUAUAUGUUUUUGAUGUUGAAUCACGAGAAUUGGACAAAGAUAUGCAUUAUUAUCAAAGUUGUCUCGAAGCAAUUUUACAAAAUAGUCCAGAGGCAAAAAUAUUUUGUUUAGUUCACAAAAUGGAUUUAAUUCAAGACGAUCAACGUGAUUUAAUUUUUCGUGAACGUGAGGAAGAUUUAAGGAGACUGAGCUUACCAUUAGAAUGUACUUGUUUUAGAACUAGCAUAUGGGAUGAGACCCUUUACAGGGCAUGGUCUUCCAUUGUUUACAUGUUGAUACCAAAUGUAAAAGAACUGGAACAAAGUCUUAAUCAAUUUGCAAAUAUUAUCGAUGCGGAUGAAGUUUUACUUUUUGAACGAGCCACUUUUUUGGUAAUAAGUCAUUGUCAGCGAAGAUUUCAUCGAGACGUGCAUCGAUUUGAAAAAGUUUCUAAUAUAAUAAAGCAAUUUAAAUUAAGUUGCAGCAAAUUGGCCGCACAGUUUCAAAGCAUGGAAGUAAGAAACACAAAUUUUGCAGCUUUCAUUGACGUUUUUACAUCGAAUACUUACGUUAUGGUCGUAAUGUCCGAUCCAGCGAUUCCAUCUGCAGCGACACUGAUAAAUAUAAGGAAUGCAAGGAAGCAUUUUGAGAAGUUGGAACGUGCGAGUCAAAGUUCAGUCUUAAGUAGAUAGAAGUCACUUCGACCCAGGCGCGUUGUCACCCGGGUCCCGACAAUAAAUCGACAUUAAAUCACAAGAACAAAGGACUGAGAAUUUCUAUUGUAACCGCAAAUUGAUCCACAAUCUCACUUUCUUUCUUUUCUUUUCAUUCUCCGCGCUUGGAAAAAGAAAAUUUAAAAAAAAAUUGCGAAAAGAACCCAGAACAUGUGGAAUUUGCGUCGUGAAUUAUUUAACAUUCAGUGCAAAGCAGCGUAUAUAUCAUUAAAAAAAAAAAAAAAAAAAUAGAAAAAA